AUGGGGGAUAUUAUGGUAGGUAGGUAUUGGUGUUACAGUUGCUUUCAAAUGGUGAAUCCAACGAUAGAGCCCGAGAUCAAAUGCCCUUCAUGCGAAUCCGGAUUUGUCGAAGAAAUAUCCAGCAUGAGACCUUACUCCAACACCAAUGGCAUUGAUUCAGCAUCAGACAACAAUUUUUCCUUUUUGGCUCCAAUUCCAAUCUUGCUCGGUAUAAUCAGUGGUUUAGGCACUACGCGGUCGCGUAUAGCAGGCAGGGAUCGAGUCGAUACUAACAACACAUCACAGGAUGCAUUGGAUGAUGAACUAGGAAGAGAUUUUGGAGCCCUGCUUAUGAGGAGGAGGAGGAGGAGAAGCUCUUCGGCUCUUCAUACGCUUUAUGAUACGCCCAAUGCAGCAGUCUCUGAACCAGAGAAUCCUGAAAAUAAUAGACAAAGGAGAGAUAGAUUGAUCUUAUCCAAUCCGUUCAACGACGGUGCUUUGAUUGUUCACGCUUUGUUUGGUGAUUACUUAAUGGGACAUGGUUGGGAUCUUUUGUUGCAGUAUUUGCCGGAGAAUGAUAUUAACCACCAUAGUGUUCCACCGGCACUGACGGAAGCGAUUGAAGCAAUACCAAAUGUUACUGUGGAUGACAUAUUGCAUUGUUCUGUAUGUUUGGAGGAUAUUGAGAUUGGAAGUGAAGCAAAAGAGAUGCCAUGCAAACAUAAAUUCCAUAGUGGAUGUAUUACUCCGUGGCUGGAACUUCAUAGUUCUUGUCCAGUAUGCAGGUAUAAGCUGCGUUGGAAUUAUUCGGAGAUCGAGCCAAACGUUACCAGAAAUGGCGAGGGGAGAGUCGGCGUUGCAGAUGCCCGGAAUGGUGUAGAAAUAGGGAUCGGGAGGCAGUACUGGAUCCCGAUUCCAUGGCAUUAUGAACGUUUACUGGCCUUACAGGGAUCUGGAAGUGGUUCUACUUCAGCUUCAUCGGCUUCAUCGUUGGAGGCUUUGCCGGGGAGCGAAAAUGCACCUCAGACAAAUGAAAAUUGAUUAUUUUUCUUUCUUUCUUUUUCUUAUAUUUUAUUGUGUGUUUCUGGCCUUAGCCUGAAAGUUUUCUGCAGCAUACUUGCUGAUGUUGUGAC